CACCUCUCACUCUCUCUCUCUCUCUUAAUAAGUUUCAAUCUAACCAUUUUCUUCAUUGGAAAAAUCCUUAAAAUUUCACUAAUCUCUUCAUUGAAAAAAAAUGGACUCUUUGCCUGAUGCCAUUGUUCAAUGCAUCUUAAUCCAUAUAACCAAUGCAAAAGAUGUGGCUUCUGCUUCAUGUGUAUCAAAGAGAUGGAAAGAUUCAAUUCCUUAUCUCAAUAGACUGGUCUUCACUCGUAAUGUUUUCGACAACCUUAAGAAUUGUUCUCCUGAUGACAUUGUUGGUCACAUGGUUUCAUUAAUGAAUCGAUUGGAAGAACUUGUUGUAUACUGCCCUUUUACUGGUUCUGGCCUAGCGUCGUGGCUUUCAUUGGCAGGACCUUAUUUACGGAGACUUGAGCUAAAGAUGGAUGAUAACCUCAUUGAUAUGAAAUCUUGCUCCUCAAAGUUGGAUAGUAUCGCAGCAGCAACAAAUUUGGAAUCUUUGAAACUUUGGGGUGUGAACAUGACACAUUGCCCAAAGUGGUACACUUUCCAUAAGCUUAGAAAUCUUGAAAUAGUUGGCACAGUAACUGAUGAGAAUAUCUUUCAUGCUGCAUUAAUGGCUUGCCCCAAUUUGACUAGCCUGUUGCUCCUUGGUUGUGAGGGACUGAAACAUGUUUGUAUUGAGCUUCCUCAGUUGGAAGUAUGCAAUCUUGAUUUCAAUGGCGUAGGUAACUGCGCCCUUAGUAUCAAUUCUCCGAAACUUCAACAUCUGGAAGUGCAAGGCUGUAGUUGGAUCAGAGUCCUUCAGACUCAACUACUCAGAAAACUUUCCAUUUCUAAUACUUCAGGACGGGUUAUCUCUGCAGAUUUUGGAAAGCUUGUGGCACUUGAGUCGUUGGAGAUGAGAGGAGUUCAAUGGUGUUGGAGUGCCGUACACAAAAUGCUUCAAUUGGCAAGUGAAGUCAAGCAUCUCUUUAUGAAGGUGGAAUUCACCGGGGAUUCUGAUGCUCUUCAGCCAUUUCCAGAGAUUGACAUUGUUGAUUUCUUUAACAGCCAUCCCAAGCUAAUAAAAUUUGACAUCCAUGGUGCCAUGUUUGCUGCUCUUUGCCAGAGAAACAGUUUGAAAAAUGUGGACUCUAGAUUUAUGAUCCCUUGCCUUGAGGAGGUUGUAGUCACCGUGAGAUCGCCACUGAAUGCUGAACAAAAGAUGAGUACGUUAGAGUCUUUAAUCAACUAUGGAAAGAAACUGAGGAAGAUGAGAAUAAAAAUUCUUCAGAUGAAGAGCAGCCAUAGCAGUACAGAUGAUUUUUUCGAGGAGAUUUGCAGAUUCACUCGUAUGAAUCGCAGGAUUGUUUCAAUUGAAUAAUGAUUGAUAAUUUUCCCUGUCCCUCUUUCCCCUAGCAUUUCUUUUCAUUGGAGGAGGGAUCCUUAUUUUCUUUGAUUUUUAGUAGGAACAUUCUUGGACCAUUUCCUUGAAAGUUCCUAGACAUUUGUACUUUGAUUUUUGUACCAUUUUAACUUUACAACAAGACUUUUGAAAG